CAAAAUGGCCACAGCAUGAAGAAGCAGAGAAUCGUGAGAAAAAUCUUUCGGAAGAAAAAAAGUGUGUUUUACAUAGUUUUCAUUAAUUUCGUCACCUAAAACAAGAUUUAUGUGAACAAUUUUAUUAAUAUUUCAAAAUUAACUUUUUUUUUAAUAAUUUGGCUUUCUAAAAAAAGAAACAAUUCAUUUUUUUUUUAUUAAAGGAGGACAAAAGAAACUUGUAAUGCGUAAUUGCUUUGGUCAUCGCUUAAAAAAAGCAAGUUAUUUUUUUCUUUAAUAAUCAUAUGGAAUUUAAUUAAUUUAUCAUCUAUUUAAGUAAAUUUAAGGGUAAAAAGUUAGGAAGCAAAAAGUUUAAAAGGAAGCACGAAAAAAAUAUGGCGAGUGAUUUCUCAAGCGAAUGCAAUGAUGCAAUUGCAAUUUUUGACGACGAAAAGGAAGAAGGAGAAAUAUCUCUCGAUGAUGUCAGCUCAUCGGAAGAAGGACACAUAAAUUAUCAACGACGUAUGGAGAAAUUCCGUGAUGGUCGCUUACAAUUACAACCUCAUCCUCAUCAUGCACCUACCGAAAUUUCUAGCAGAUACAAUAGUUCGAAACUUCCUUACAAAAAAGAUGCAGAGCAGGGGAAGGAGAACCAUCAUCUGAUUAAAGACACAGGACACAUGGGAGAUCGCCUCACAAACUCUACACUGCAGGAAAAGAAUGACGAUCUCAUUCCAAUUUCAAGUGACAGCGACAUGGAACUCGUCGGACUCCCAAAACGUGUACGUCGUGGAAAAUCAAGUAAAGUUAAAAAAAAGAAAAAAAAACGAAAACCCCAUUCUGCGUCGUCUGUUGUUGAUAAAGAUGACGAAUCAAUUGCCAAUGAAAUUGAUGAGAAUUUAACAAUAAUGGAACUUAAUAAUUCAACGUCAUCGAAAGAAAAUCGUUUGCUCAAACCACCUCAUCAUCAUUAUCAUCAUCAUCGCGAUAAAAGUCCACAAUAUAAAAUGAAAAUUUCACCAAAAAAACAUAAAUCAUCAUCGUCAUCAUUAAUUGAAACUCGUUUAGCGGAGAAAAAAAUUAAAUCACCAAUUCAUAGAUCAACGGAAAUGAGGAAAAGGAUAAAAAAAUUUAAACCAUUAGAGAAAAUUGGACAUAAAGAAUUAAUGAAUCCACUUUAUAAGAAAAUACGAAAACGUCCAUCGCCUACUGAUAUUGUAUCAUCAUCGCCAUCGACUGAUAUUCACGUGACGAGUUUAUUGAAAAAAGUUCGACACUACGAAAUGGUGGGAACUUUAGAAGAUAGUAAAGUUUCGAGUAAAGCCAGAGAUCACGGCACAUCAUUGAAAGAUAAAUUGAACAAUAUUCUUAAACCAACGGCUGAAAAUAAUGAUAAUAAAGAAACGGAAAAUAUUGCUGAUAAAAAGAAAAAUGAGAAUGGCGACGAAGAAGAAGAUUUGAAUAUCUUGAGGCAAAAGGCUUUAGAGACGAAGCAAAGUAAGAGUAAAAAUCAAGAGGCAAAUGUUGAGGAAAUUACCGAAAAUUCUAGUACGGAAAUUGAGAGUAAAGAUAAUUCGAUUGAAGAGAAAAUUGCAGAAAAUACAAAUGAGGAAGUCAAGGAAAAUAAGAAUAAGAAUAAGAAUGAAGUCGAAGAUGAAGAAGAUGGUGACGAUGAUGAAGAUCUAAAAUUACGCUUAAUAGCUCUUCGUUCCGCGGUCUAUAAAAAACAUCGCGAUAGAGUUGCAAAAUUACAGAAAGAUAAGGAAGCAGCACCACCAAGAUGUGAAAGUCCAUUUAGCGAAAGUUUCAUAAAUAACAUUUCCCUAGCCGAAGAUGUUGACGAAUUUCCCUCAAAUUCUUCCGAAACUGCAAAAGAUUCCAACAAUAGUAUCGAAGAUAUGGAAUUAGAUUCUGAUAUCGAGAGUGAUAUUGUUCUCGAAAAGGAGAACGUUCACAAUGAAGAUAAAGUUUCCAGAGAAAUUGUUAAUACGUCAAAAAUGGUAAAUUCCGAAAAAACCGAUUUAGAAAAAGUCUCAUCUCCGAAAACUGUUAAUUUUGAUGAAGCUCCCUAUUCCCCAACGGACGCCGUCAACAGCGAAUUAAUUCUAGAAGCCGAACAAUUGGGCAUCGACACCACCGACGUUUCCCUAAUAAACAUAAAUAGUAAAAAUUUUUGCAAAUUUGGUUCAUAUUUACCCGUUAGCAAUAAAGAAAAAAUUCCCACUGCAAAUGCAAGCAGUAUCAUCUCAAAUUCAUCAAAUUCGGACGUUGAUUCAAGAACAAAAUCGAAAAAUUCCAAUUUCGAAAGACCGUAUUCACCUUCCGAUAUUCCUGUUUUCGAUCCUGAUUUAAACGUUUCUUUAUUGGGAAAUAACAAUUUUUUCGAUACAACAGCAUCGGAUAAUAAUAACUUUUCCAUUAACGAUAAUUUUUCAAAAGAGCCUGAAGUUAUUCUUAUUGAUGAUGAUUUUCCCGAUAUUGAUAUUGACGGCAGUCCUCUGGUGCCAAUGGAAAAGGAAUCAAAUCUUAUGUAUCCAGGACAUAUUUCAUAUCAAUUACUUCAACCUUCUUAUCAAUCACUUUGCUUAAAUGGAAUUCCACCCUUCGUUCAUAAUCAAAUAGUACAAUCUAAUCCACUAGUACAAUCAAAUUUACUAAAUCCACAAUCAAGAUUUACCGAAGAACUUCCAAUCGGAAGAACUUAUGAAAAUUCAUCAGUUCCGCCAAUAAAUGAAUUCAUACCCGAGCAUUUCAAUUCGAGUCAAAUGCCAUCAAACCAUCCGAUGAUUGAACUAUUGAGAAUAAAUCCACACAAUCAACAAUCAAAGGAAAAUUUAUCCAUCAAUCGUCCCGAGGUCGAUUUCGAUUUUGACAAAAGUACCAAAAAACCAAAACGAAGAAAACGAUCUAAACGACAUUUAAUCGAAUGUGAUGAACCUCAAAAUCCAAAAAGCCCAAAUAGUACCGAAGAUUCGAUUCAAUCAGCAAAAAGAAUAAAAAAUUCAAACACGGAACCAAAUUAUCAAAAAUCCUUAUUUGAAAAUACUCUAGAAAUAACUGUGAGAAAAAAUGUCGAGGACAUCGUGAGAAAAUACACCGAGAACGUAAUACGUGAAUGUACGGAAAAUAAUAUUCGGAAAGAUGUUGAAAAUAUAGUCAGGCAAUGCACCGAGCAUAUUGUCAGAGAAAAUUCGGAGAAUAAUUUACGAAAAGGCGAGAAUUUAUCGAGAAAAGACCUGAGAGAUUCCGAAUAUUUGGAGAGAGAGAAUAAUUUAAGAGAAGAAACCGAGAAGAGGAAUGAAGAAAUUUCAGGAAAGGACGAGGAGAAUCGAACGAAAGUACAGAAAAAUUCGAAUUCGAACUCAAAAGAAAAAGAAAAAGAUGAAAAUCGAGAAUCGAGAAGAAAUAGUGUCGAUGAAGACGAGGAUGAACUGAGAGCAAUUUUACUCGCCUCCAUGGGAAAACGGACAAAAUCGCCGAAAGUAAAUAAAUUUCCAAUGCCAACGAAAAGUAAGGAAGUUGUUCAAAAUUUAUCAGUUGCUUCAACUUCAAAAAAAAGCACCGAGACUACUUCCGGAAAAUCGAUCUUGAAUUCAACAAAUCCUCAACUAACAACUUCGCCUAAAGAAAUUUUAUUGUCGAAAGAAAUUUCAGUUCCUAAAAAUUUGCCUCAAAAAGCCGCGUCUAAAGAUAUGAAAAAUUUAUCCCCUAAGGAAAUACAACAGAAAAGUGAUUCUAGUAAUGAAAGUACAAAAGUUCUCCCUACUAUUUCGUCUGUAAAAAUUUUACCCAAAAGUUUACCUAUAAUUUUACCUAAAGUUUUGCCUAUUUUACCAAAAAUUUCAUCCGCAAGAGUUUUAACUACAAUUUUACCAACUGAAGAUUUAACUAAAAUAGCUACUAAAGAAUCAACGAAAAUCCCAACAAAAGUUUUGCCUCAAAAAACAGCAGCAAAAGCAAACCAAAAAAUUCAAGAAAAAGUAUCACCAUCUAAAAUCCAAACUCAAAAAUUAACAAAAAUCUCACCCACCAAGAAUUUAACGAAUAGAAUUCUAUCGACGAAAAUCACAAUAAACAAUUCUUUAGCGACAACGAAUUCAACGAUAGGAAAAAGAAAAGCAACCUCCUGUCUUUUAUCCGGAACGCCAAGGAAAUUAAUGAAAAAGCCAAUGAUACCGGCAAGUACAAAAGUUGUAAAUAAUGCGAAACGCUAUCAAAAUUCUCUAAUGCAAAGAAAAUUAAAUUUACAAAAAGCAAUUCUAACUCUAAAUGCAAAGAAAAUAAUUGCCAAUAAAUCAUUACGUGUUGUGAAUCUCAAUAGUCAAAAUAAUCGUUCAUUAAGUCCAAAUAUAACGUCCGCGAAUAAUCAAUCGGAACGAUUUAUCAUUAGUUUAAAUUCAGAUUCGGAAAGUGAUUCAGAAACGGAGAGACGAAAUACAAUUGUCGCUGUCACAAAUAAUAGCAGUGUAGAGAAACGUCCAACUCUCACAAUACCAACAACUGAAUUUGAGAGAAGUGUCGACCAAUUUCUACGCGAUGUACGAAAGAGGCAGGAGUCAGCGGCCGCCAAACAAUCAACCAGUUUGACAAAAACUUUACCACCUCCCAAUGAAAAUGGGACGAAUGGAAAUAAAGUCUCUGCUAAUAUUACGCCUUUGGCACUUCGUCACUUGCCAGUAUCGCAACAAGCAGAAUACCAUCGAUUGAAGCAGCAGAUUGUCGAGCGUGAAAAAUUAAAAUUGCAGAGAUCCACUGCUCCUGGAUCGACUUCGAAUACUAAUAGUGUUAUUCCACCAGAUCCUCCAGUUUCCGUUUCAGUAACUUGUCCAACGCCAAAAGCCACUUCAACACCCUCAUCAUCAUUAACAUCAUCAUCAUCAUCAGAAACGAAUAUUUCCAAAACAAAUACAAUUAAAAAAAGUCCAGUCGACAUUCCACCUUCUAGUUCUUCAGAAAACACACUUGCACCCACAAUAAAGUCGAAUAUAACAGUUCAAAUAACUAAUAUCGGUACAUCGCCUAAAAAAUCCGUGAAAAUAAGUUCACCAAUUUCAAACAUACUCGAAGAGAAACCAAAGGAACCAACAUUUCCAAAAUUGAGAAUUUUAACAUGCGAGCAAAUUAAUUUGAAAUUACUACAAGUACAAGUGUCGCAAAACGAUGAGGGAAGGAAAAUAAUCGUUGGCACAAAUAAUGAGGAACAAACUAAUUUAGAUGAUUCUGUGAUUAUUUUGUCGGAAGAAACUUGUGAUACUCGAGACAAUAGUGAGACUAGUGUACAAAAACGGAUUAAUACGGAAACUCCAAUUGUUGCCUUAUCGACAAAUAGUACAACUCCUGCUUGUGAUAAUACUACUACUUCCACUAGGAUAAGUGUUGAGAAAAAUUCCGAUAAAGAGUCAAAUUCGAAUGAGAGUGAAAUUUCGAAACAAGCGUCAACUGCAAAAGAUGAUUUGUCAAUUACAAAAGAUGGGGAAAAAUCGAAAGAACAAACUAGUGGGAUCAAAUUAACUGUCGAGAAAGAAACAACUGUUGAAAAUUCAAUUGUCAAAGAAACGAGAAUUAUUGAGAAGGAAUUGACGAAUGCAAAAACAUCUGAGAAGGAACCGACUACUGCGAAAAUAUCUGAGAAGAAAUCGACUGCUGCGAAAACAUCUGAGAAGGAAUCGACUACUGCGAAAAUAUCUGAGAAGGAAUCGACAAUUGCAAAAAUAUCUGAGAAGGAAUCGACUACUAAUAAAGAGUCGAUGACUGUAGAGGAGUCAAAUUCAAGAAAAGAACCAAUCGUUUCGAAAACAGUCGAGUCAGAACAAAAAGAAAGUGAAAAAUCGAAUUUAAAGGAAAAUAAUGACGCCAGUAAAGUGCCCAGUAAGGAAAAGGGCCAGCAAGUGUGGGAUGUGAUUAAAAAUAAUGUCCAAACAGAGGUGGAGACAGUGACGAAGCUAGGAAAUGAAGAGAUGAAGAGGAAACUGGUGGAGACAGAACAGGAAUUAGUGGCUAAACGGUACGAAGUUUUGGACGAUUUGGCCGAAGUUUCGAAAAGUCUUCGACAGUGGGAAUUGGAGAAAGAUUUACAGUCGAAUUUAACUGAGGAGGUGAAGAAACUCGUGGAACAACUGAGGCUAACUGAGGAAAAGCUACAAGAACAAAAGGAUAAGGUCACAAAUAUGGGUCUAAAGGUGUCCACUGUUCAUGAGAAAAUGAAUAUCGGCAGAAAGGAAUGUUUCAGACUAUCGAAAAUUUGCACUGGACUUGGAAAUCGAAUUUACGGUCAAAAAUACAAAGUUCCUGAAUCGGGCGUUCAAUUAGUGAACAACAGACUGAAGGAAGUGGCUCAACACACAAGUCAACUUUGUAAAAAGAAAAACGACAAGAGGCGAAAAAUUUCUGCAACAAGUACAAAAUCAAACGGAAAGGAAUCGGAUACUUCGAGUCAAAUUACAGAAUCGAAUUCAUCGAAUACAAUAAAUCAAGCAUCAAAUUCAACUGAUUCGAAUCAAAUUACAAAUUCUCAGAGUACAACACAACAGUCGCAAGUUUGUGAUGAAAAUAUUUCUAGUCCAAUGGAGGGGCAAAAUUCUUGUGAAUCAAUUUCAACAAGUGGCAGCAGUUCGAAAAAUCAUAAAUCUGCUGAAGUUGUCAAGGAUCACGUGAAAACUGUUAAUUCGUCACGAAAUGAAAUUGUAUCAUUGGAUGUGCCAAGUUGCAGUAAAAAUAUUAAUACCGUCAGCGACAAUGUUUCACAAUCGCAGGUGAAACAGACCAAUGAGGUGAAUGAUUCACUUGGGAAUAAGAAAACGAUCGAUUCUUCAUCGUCAAGAAUGGAUAAUAAUGAUGAAUCUUCUGUUACGUGCCAUAUGGAAGAGAGUUCCGUUUCAAAUCAAAUUAGCGGUGCUGAUGUACAAACGAAAAAGAAAACAAUGAGGCCUUAUGUUUCAAUUUUGGAUCAUAUGAAAACUGCAAGGAAUUCAAGAGCCGAUGGAAUUCUUUGCCCAUAUCAAUUAAUGGGAAGUUGUCAAGACGCUGAUUGUCAAUAUGUACAUCAUACUCCUAGUCAUUAGCAGUCCUAGAGGCUAAAAAUCAACAAAUUUCUAAUACAUUCUGUAGCAGAUUCGACUGAAAGUGCGAUUUUUUUAAACACAAGAAUAAGGGAAGAAAAUAUUGUAUUUUGAAAAAUGUUACCAACUCUAAAAUGGUAAGUUUAUCUUCUACAAGGAGAUUUUACUGACUCGUAUUUAUUGUCUACACGGCGCAUCUAAUAAGGUGAAAAUUUUUUUGUUUUUAAUAAGUAGUUAUUUUUUUAUUGAAUAUUAUUAUAUAGUCACAAUUCUUUUUUUUUAUAUUGCUUUAUUUACUUAAAAAAAAGAAAAGACAAUCGUGAACAUUAGCAUAAUGUUUAUUAGUCAAAAAUGUAAAUAAUAAGAAAUAAGAAUUUUCGAUUUAAUACUUGUGCAUAUUGUAAAUACAUAAGGGAAAAUAAGGCGAUUUUUUGUAAAUCGUUAUAAAAUGCGCUUCUUAAAAAUUAAAAAAAAGUGAUUAAUUUUUUUUUUUUACAUGUUACCAAAAUUAUAUUACUGUAAUAAAAAUUGUAAUUAAGUUUGUGUAAUAAAGAAUAAUUAUAUUCGUAA